CUUUCUCCCUUCCCCUCCCUUUCCCCCCUCCUUUUCCCCUUUUCCCUAUUUCCCCCUUUCUCCCAUUUUCCCCUUUCCCCCUCUUUUUCCCUCUUUCCUCCUUUUCUCCCUCCUUCCACUCUUUUCCCCUUCCUUUAUCCCUUACCCCCCUCCUUUAUCCCCUUCCAUCCUUUUCCCUUUCCCCCCAUUUUUUUCCCCUUUCCCUCUUUCCCUUUUUACAUUAUUUCUCCACCGCCUCAACCUCCCUCACCGCCCAGUUCUCUGCCUCCUCCCGCACCCCCCCCCCCCCCUCCCUACCUCCCCUUUUUCAUAACUCGGCCAGGAGCGAUCUGGAGGGGGGGGGCCGAGGAGCCAAGCAAACCUGUAGCGGCGGAGCCAGCUGGUGGAGAGGGAGAAGAUGCCAUUCCACCAUGUAACAGCUGGCUUGUUGUACAAAGGCAACUACCUGAACCGAUCGCUCUCCGCUGGCAGCGACAGCGAGCAGCUCGCCAACAUCUCCGUGGAGGAACUGGAUGAAAUCCGUGAAGCUUUCCGGGUGCUGGACAGGGAUGGGAAUGGCUUUAUCUCCAAGCAGGAGCUGGGCAUGGCCAUGCGCUCGUUGGGGUACAUGCCCAGUGAGGUGGAGCUGGCAAUCAUCAUGCAACGCCUGGACAUGGAUGGGGAUGGCCAGGUUGAUUUUGAUGAAUUUAUGACUAUUCUGGGACCUAAGCUGGUAUCGUCGGAAGGCAGAGAUGGCUUUCUGGGAAACACAAUAGACAGCAUAUUCUGGCAGUUCGACAUGCAGAGGAUAACGCUAGAAGAGCUGAAGCACAUCCUGUACCAUGCCUUCCGGGACCACCUAACGAUGAAGGACAUCGAGAACAUCAUUAUCAACGAGGAGGAGAGUUUAAACGAAAACUCCGGCAAUUGCCAAACAGAGUUUGAAGUGCACGCCCAGAAGCAGAACAGACAGACCUGCGUCCGGAAGAGCCUUAUCUGCGCAUUUGCCAUGGCCUUUAUUAUAAGCGUGAUGCUGAUUGCGGCCAACCAGAUCCUGCGGAGCGGCAUGGAGUAGCCUCUCACCAUGACACUGUGACCCAAACUGACCAUGCAUGCGCAUGCCACCGGGUGAGCUUCCCCCGAACCGACUCUCACACGGCAAAGAGACAGAGGCGGGCAGAUAACGCACCAUUCGACAAGGAGCCUGGGGCCAGCAGCGUAACGUGUCUUGUGAAUCAACCACAUCCUUUUGGCAGGGACAUAAAAGGGCUGUCUUAACGCUUUAAAGGUUUUUUGUUUCCUAAUGCAAUAAAAAUAAAAAAAUAAACAUACGGAAGUCCCGAAUUAUUGCUUCAGAACAGCAACGGUAACUUGGAAGACGCUUUCAUCCAGCAGUCUGCUUUGCAGUUGUAAGGAGGCACAGCCCUGUGACUCGCUGCAGCGGGGCUGUCUUUUAACCUAGGGGCCGACUGACUGUGCCGCAUAGCUCCCCGUCAGGCCCACCUUCCCAGGAAGUUGAUCGUAGCAUCGCCACAAGCAAGUCCUGUUCGUUUUGUUUCACGUACUUUGGCUUCACGUUGUUUUUCCCUUAUGACCAUGCCUUUGAGUUUACGGCAUUAGAGGGGAGCUAGAGCAUCCUUGUACAGUAUUUUCGGAGUAAAGAAGAGGAGAAUUUGCCAGCAUCAUACAGAAUUUCUAUUUUUGCUUCACUAACGUCGCCUUUGACACAAGACUGUGGGGUAGCAGGAGUCUGUUUGCCAUUUUUUCCCACCGAGAAUCAGGGCUUAAGAACCACCACCCACUUCCCCACAUGGGCAUUCCUGAGAUUUGUGCAGUCUUCCAGCCAGCUCUGCAACCACCAGCGCCAGUUGAAAAUCCCUCUGUUUGGUGCCAUCUGCAUAUUCAACGUUUUCUUUCCAGUAGUUUUGCCCUUCUGCUGUAACAGUCUUCAAUAACCUUAUUGAGACCAAAACCACUGAGAAAGCUCUGAGCUUUUCUCCCUGCUCUUUGACUGCCCAAUUUUUACUUAAUUCAUUGUUGCAAUCACAGUGAAACCUCUGCAUCCAACACCUACUCAUGGAAGAGGUUACAUUUUCACCUCUAUGGUGAGGUGAUUUGACCAGCAAGUCACUCCAUCCCUCACGGUCCCACCGUCAUCACCACUGCAUAUCCCACGGACAGGCUGAAAGAAGGUGAUCAGAAAAUCAGGCUGCUGCAAGAAAAGAAGGAAUCAAACUCGAGCAUACCGCCAUAUGUUCCGUAGUGUGUCAGACUUUCAGAUCCCACAAGUGUUAGUUAUUUUUCCUGGAAGAGAUUUUAAUGAGCAGCAAGGAGAGGAUGGAAUGAUGCAGACCAGAGGCACAACGUGUCCCAUGGAGCCAGGAUUACAUCUGAAAGCAUUUCUGCUUUUAAACCCUACACAAAUCUUUGCAUUUACCUUCAGAUGAACUGUACACCCGUGUAUUACUCCAGGAGGGAUCUGGUUCCCUUGCCCUGAUGGGUGAUGGCUGCAUUUGGUGCACAGGGAGCAUUGGUGCGGGGUUGGAGCGGCAGUGAUUUCUGCUGCCAGCUGGACGAGCUCCAGAAACAUGAUGGAACAGCGAGAUCUCGCUCCUGUGAAUGUAGAGGACUGUUUCCUGUGUCUUGAGAAGGGGCAGGAUGGCUCCCAAAGGGAAUGUGGACCGUGAGCUUCACUUGUCCUACAUGGUGGCCAUUGUCUCAAGCCUGGAUCCAUCCCAAAGACUCAUUUCUGCUCUUUGUUCUUGGUUGCGAGUUCAUUUAACCUGUAUUUUUCUAGUAACCUGAUGUGAAAAUGUACUUCCCAUUUUUCUGUCUCCCACUUCCCCUUAGAUCUCAUGUAUCUGUUUAGGAUUUUGCCUUUAGGCGCGUGUUGCUAUUUAUCACCUUCACAACGCUGCUGUUUUCUUGGUGCCCCCCUCCAUCUCCAAAGAUGACAGCUGUCAUUUCCAAGGCAGCUGAGUCGUUUUUCUGCCUUUCACAAACACACAUUCCUGUAUUUCUGUUCUGCUGUGACUAAUAGAGGUCAGCUACAAAAUACUGUGCAGAAAUUGUUACAUCUCACAGAAGAUGGAGGGAUUUGUGUUUGCUGUAGGGCAGGACCAGACUUCAAAUCAACAGCAGAAAAUGAUAGGCAAGCUCUGAGUGCAGGAUUCACACUGAUGGGGAACUCAGGGUUGCUCCCAAAGCUUGCUAUGUUGGACGUUGCAAAAAAGGAUCUUGGAGGUCCUUUUGAGGGGAUGGUCAUCCAUGUUUUCAGGUCUCAGUGGCGUAUUAAAGGUGGGAACAGCAAAAAAGAAGUCCAAACAUUGCCACUGAGUGGUACUUACUACCUUUUUUUUUCUUUCUUUUUUGGUGUUUAUUUUUUGUUUGUUUGUUUUCCUCUGAGACAGUGCUGGAGUGAACGUGGGAAGCAGAGCAGAUGGAGCUGGAGCUGAGGUGGGCACCAACCCACCAGCCCCUCUCAACUCAGCAGCUCCAAAGAAAACACGUAGAGCAGGCAUUUCUCCACAUUCUUCUCACUCAUCCGACAGCUAACACCAGGCAGACUCCAAUUAUAACAGCUACCUUACAGACAAGAUAAUCUUUUCCAUUCCUUCAAGAUUUCUGGAAGGCUCUGUAAUUUCUACACGCAUGUUUCAUGAAAACUUUUGUAAAUACAGUCAUUGUUCAGCACAGUUCUUCACCUUGAACAUCCAUUUGUAAAACCAAACCUAUAAUUAAUAUAUUGGUAAAAGCCAUAGCCUGGGGUCAGUAGAGUUCAUUGCAAAACUCCCCACUGAUUUUACUGGGUACGGGAUUUGGGGAUUUUUAGUUUUACUUUUUUUCUGUGGGGAACCCAAUGUAUCCACUAUGAAUGAGUGCCAUGUCUUUGCAGAGGUCUCCUUUUCCUUCCUAGACCAGCCUUUCUUCAUCUAAAGCAUCCUGAAGCUAUUCCUUCUUUCAUUAGUCGGGCUCAUCAAGUAGCUAGUGGCAAUGUAGGAUGCAUCAGGCCACACCAUUUCAACCCUUCCUCUCCCAAGCAACUUCCAGUGACGCUUUCCCAUCCUUCCUAGCCAGCAGCACUGAACCUUUUUCUCCUACUUAUCUCCCUGGUUCCGUUUAUAUAACAUCCAUUUAUCUUUUUUUUUUUUCUUUUUCCUCCUUCAUAAGAGGGGGGGAAAAAGGACUUUUUAUUGCUUUUACAGACAGUAGGUAAAAAUAGAGCGAUAAAAUUUUGAUUGGAACCUGAUGGCAAAGGUUUAGGAGGAAGAAAGUAAAAGAAUAAAGAAAUAAAAAUAAAAAACCCACAUCCCCUACUUAAAAAAAAAAAAGAAGAAGAAGAAGAAAGGAAAAAAAAAACUAUUUAAGUGCUAAUUAACAUACUUUAAAAAAUACCCAGACUGCAGCAGCGCUAGGUAGAGCUGUCAGAAAAAGCACUAAACUUAUGCUCUUGCCAGUUACAUGAGAAUUUAAGUGUCUUUUCAGCACUGCAAUUCUGUAUGAAAAGGAUAUUGCUAUGGCAACCCUCACUGUUCGUGACAUGUGUGCCACAAAGUCGGAGCAACACGCAGCAAUUGCAGAUGCACUCCCAGCCAAGCCAAGGCUGGACAAAGGACUCCCAACAGCCCAGGACAGCCUUUCAGCUCAAAGAUGAGCAAAUUAUCAACAAACUCUGAGCACCCCAAAGGCAACUCUGUUGGCUUAGCCGUAAAAAAAUAAAAAUGAAUAAAAGGUGUGUAAUUAAACAGAUUGGCAUGCAGGGAAUGAUUUGAAGUGGCUGUGAUUGUUCUAGCUUGAGAGAGGCUUUGAUUUGGUUUGGCUUGGGAGCAAAUGAAAUUAAGGCAGUGUAAGCAUUGCUCAACACAAGCUGUCCUGUGCUUGUUGGGCAGGUCCUCCAUGAAGGGACCAAUCCCCAGUGGGUGGAACGUGGCUUAUUGCUUCUGCCCAGCACAGCGCUUCUUUGCGGUUAGCCAUUUGUGGCUUUGAAGGCGACACGAGGCAUCUGCUUCUGGAGAAGUUAAUGAGGAAAAAAUCAUUAUUUUUCCCACUUCACAAAUGUGCCUGUGACUGUUUUGGGCACCCCAUGCUGAUGGGCUCACAAACUCCUCAGGCCAAGGAGCAGAAGGGGUGGGAGGUGGGAGACCUGACUGCUCGCACUGCACCCAGGGAAGUUAGAGCUGAAUGUUAGGGCAUCGUGUGCCCAGAGGUUUCAUACAUGAUGAUUGGUGUUUGUUGGGAGCUCACUUUGGAUAUGAUUAACCAGUAGGGCUGGAUGCUAGUAGCUUCACAACAGAGAUUUCCAUCAGCUCUGUGAUAGAAUAGAUACGUACAUAUGUGCUGCUUUAAGCUGAGACCAAGUAAAUGAGGAGGUCUUUUGGUCCUUCCCCCAUAAGACAUAGAAUAGUGGGGAAGUGAAUCAAGAACAGAAAAAAAGCAUUCCUAACAGUGCUACUUGAGAUGGAUGAAGUCUUUUUGACAGAUUUGGAUGAGCAAAGUACCUACUGGCAAGCACUUUAUUCUAUGGAAAGAACACUUAUCUUUCUACCUGCUGCAAAAGACCAAAACAUCUCCUGGGACACUCCAAGGCCAUCCAAGGUUUAGUGCUGGCUUUGCUUGGGAUGACACAAUGCUUUGUGAGGUGCCCGGUACACAGAAACUUUUUCCAUGAAAGACUCUCUUAUCCUGCACGUAGCACACACGUGCACAAGCAAAUAGCUCUGCCAAGGGCUGUCAUCACACAAAAGCAAGAGGUUCACAGUCCCGAGUCAGACUUAGAUCUGCAAAGAGAGAAGCAGUAGGAGGAAUAUAUUAAGAUCACUAAGAAUGAAGUUCCCUAUUUUACCCACCCGUGUAAUAAAUUAUUUAGUUUCUGCUUUAUGGAUGACUGUUUGAAAGAAGAAAAACCAACUCUUCUAAAAUGAGAAUCUGAUAAAGUAUCUUUUAUCUUGGCUCUGAAUCAUGCUUACAUUCCAUAGAUGAAGAUGUACAGAACUUGCUGAUUUUCAAUCUAUUAUUUUACUGUAUCGAGUUCUGACAGUGCAAUUACAUUUCCUUGGCAUCACUUAGAACCUAUUACUUUCCCAGGAACUAAGGAAUUUAAUACAGAAAAAGAAAAGACUCAAAACACUUUAAUCUUUCUGUAUUGUUGGUUGCUAUCAAGAACAAAUCUUGCUUAUCUCCAGUUCAAGUAGGAUGAUUUAGGCAGCUCUACAAAAUGCAGAGCUUCACCAAAAGCAAGAUGGACAGAAAAUCUCACAACAACACUUUAAUUGGAAGGAUACUUUGCUACUAUCUCUCCAGUGGCACAAGUCUGAAAACUGUCUCAAUUUGAUAUCUUCACUAGUAAGGAAUUUCAGCCCUAAAAAGGAGGAAAAGAGAGGAAAAAGGAAAAAUAUAUAUAUAUAUCCUUUGAAUCUAACGAUCAGCUCUUGACAAUCUGAUGAUGAAAAUACCUUAGGAUUUGUAUUUUCUGUCAAGACAGACCAAAAUAACUUUGUAGCCUUGAAGAGCAUUAUUAAAUGAAACUUCCAUUUUCCAUCCAGUUAUACAGCUGCUCAUGGCCAGUCUUUGCCAGCAUCACAAAUAAGCAUCUUCAACCUUUGCUCAUUGUACAGUGUGUUAGGUGAGCUCCAAACUGCAACUUUCCAUUACCAGCUGGUCUUCUAUCUUCACUGGCCAGCAAGUAGACAUUUGGCUGUCCCAUUUGAAGCUGUUGAGCUAGCUACCCUCUGGUCUUGCCAGCACUUAGGCAUGUCUUGUCUGUCCUGUGAGCAGUCCCACCAAACCCAAACCGUGCUGCCAAUGUGUUUGCAGCAUCAGUCCCUGGGGUUGCCAUUUGACAGCAAUCUUCAAAUAAAGGCACAUUCCCCCAGCCCAAGAAUAGCAUUACGUUUCCCACCAUCUCUGUCAGAAGAGCCAAAGUUAUUUCAGCUUCAUGCAGCAGCUCUUGUUCUCUCAGAUUUUAAUUGGGGUGGUGGGAGGAAAAAAGCUGAAGUUCCUCUCGGACUCCAGAGAAAAUGAGAAGUAACUCAUUAGAGUUAAUUGGCUUAAACUGGGAUAAGCCCAGAAUCCAGCCUGUUGCCAUUUAAUCCAUGCUAGGAUCUAAGUAAUCGAUAACUCCUGAUUCAUCUCUAGGAAGUGCUUCAUUAAUGCAUUCGUCUCCUUCUUGUCAUCGUUUCGUUUCUCACUGGUUUCAAGCCAUCCAUUGUUGAAAACUGACCAUUUCUGCUUGUUAACAGAAGACAUGGCAUUUUGAUUAAAGACAACAACUCACAAAGUCAGCAGCAUAAUAGUAAAAAAUUUAAAAAAAUAGAAAUCACUUUGUACAAAACACUGUAAAUAUUAAUAUAAAUUAACUUGGCAUGCAACUUAAAUAAAUCCUAUGUUAUUGCAAGUUACCCAAGUGUAUAAAGACGUGUAUAAAAGGAAAACCGAAUGCCAUAUGUAUCGGCUGUUUCCUCUAACCAAACACUACUGUAAAUAUAUAAUCUGUAUAAAAAGAUUUUAAUUUUACCAUUAUUUAUGCAAUAGAA